AUGGACGCUGAAAAAGAUAACAAAAAUGACGAAUGGGAAUUACAUCCAUUAUUCUUAUCAAAAAUUCCUAGUAAAAAUGAUAUAGAUAAAAAUUCAGCUCUUUCUGCUUUAAUAAGUAUAAUUAAUGAAGAAGAAGAAAAAGAAAUAUUUAAUUACGAACCUAGAAGAAAAAACUUAAAAAAAAGGAUAACGGAAAAAGGAGAAAUUAUUCAUAAUAAAGAUAGAAGAAAUUUUUACGAACCCUACCAAAGCAAAGUAAUAAACAAUUUAGAAAAACAAAAAUUAAAUAAAAAUAUUGAUUUCAAUAAAUAUGAAAAUAUAAAUGACCGCAUAAAUGAUCUGGAAGAUAAUACUACUACCUCAAAUAAAAAUUUAAAUAAAAAUAAGAAUGGAGAAGAUACGUCCAUAGGUGAGUUAUUAGUUUGUUUAUCAAUGAUAAAUUUGAAAUAA